UCCUCCCCCUUCCACCGACCCCAAAACAAACAAACAGAAAAAAAAACCAAAACAAUGUUCAGCCUCCUCUUGAGCGCCGUGACGUCACACAACCAUUAAGCCUCGUGAUUGGUCCCGCCAGCAGAUGGGGGAGUCCUAAUGAGCUGGCUCCAGGAGGGGGGAAGCGAGCUUGACAUCUCGGGCUGGACCACAACACGUCGCUGCCGGCUUUAUCACAUCGCGCUCAUCCGCAGGCACGCACGCACGCGACCUUCCUUCCUUCCUUUUUUUUUUUUUUUUUUUUAAAUUUAAUUUUUUUUUCCAAGCAACAUUUUGCUUCCUCUGUUGACUGCAUGUUCAGCCACACACGGCCCCCCCGCGCAUCGUCACGUCGGCCCCGCCGCAUGCAGCCCGGGCGAGGAUGGACAGUCGCGUCCUCGAGCAUCACCCUCACGCCCACUUCGGAGGCUCCUUGGGCGGGCUGGUGGGCUUCCCCUAUCCGCUCGGUGCUCAUCACCAUCACCACCACCAGCACCAGCACCACCAACAUCAGCAUCAGCAGCAGCACCUCCACCACUACGAGCUCGCCAGCGCCCACCAACUGCAGUCGGCGGCCGCCGUCCCCUUCACCAUAGACGGAUUACUAAACGGCUCUUGCUCGGCCUCGGUGGUCAGCUCCAGCGCGCUCUUGUCGCCCGACGGCCAGUACAAACUCUCCGAUUCCGGAGACCCAGACAAAGAGAGUCCCGGCUGUAAACGGAGAAGAACCAGAACCAACUUCACCGGCUGGCAGCUGGAGGAGCUGGAGAAGGCCUUCAACGAGAGCCACUACCCGGACGUGUUCAUGCGGGAGGCGCUCGCCCUCAGGCUGGACCUGGUCGAGUCCAGGGUUCAGGUCUGGUUCCAGAACCGACGUGCUAAGUGGAGGAAGAAGGAGAACACCAAGAAAGGGCCCGGGCGGCCGGCGCACAACUCCCACCCGACCACGUGCAGCGGCGAGCCCAUGGACCCCGAGGAGAUUGCGCGGCGGGAGCAGGAGCGCGCCGAAAAGAAGAAACGCAAGCAGGAGAGGAAGCUGCUCAAGUCGCAGAACAAACUUCUGCACGGCGACAGCUUCCACACGCCGGGCGGUUCCGAGAGCGACAGCGGCGUGUCGCAGUUCACCGACAGCGAGCAGCAGCCUUCUUCGGGCCCCAACGGGAAUAUUCACGGGGAGCCGCCGCUGACGUCGAGGGCUGCCGAAGGACACCGAACCGAAUCCAGCUGUGACCAAACCCGACAUGACUUCAGCCACCAAAACCAAAGAAGAGAAGCCGAGCCGGUUUCUCCGGGCGGCACGCACGGCUCGGGCAGCCCCGCGGGGCCGAGGUCCUCGGCCCUGCAGAAGCGCAACCCUUUCAGCGUGGAGAGCCUCCUCUCCGACGCCACGCCUCGCCGGAAGCCGCUGGACUUCCCCUCGCUGCCCGCCCAGAGGACACUGGUGGGUAAAGGUCACUUCUUGCUUUACCCCAUCACCCAUCAGCCCCUCGGCUUUCUCGUGCCCCAGACGGCCCUGAAGGCGUCACCGUGUCAGGACGGCGUCAACCGGCUCCACCUGGGACGCGGCCUCGAACAGACGUGCGCUCCCGCUGACCUCUCCUGCGCGCUCCCGAAACCCGUAAACGCGGAUCAUAAACCACACGACCGCCACAGUCCUGCUAGCAAUAGAGUCCACAUCGAGGAGGAGUGUGCCGGCGACCGUUCCGCGCUCGCCAAGUCUCAGGCAUCCUCUCGGUCCGCCGAUUCCGGCGAGGCGGGGAGAGUCCGGGCGGCGGCGCCGAGCGCAAAGGAGGCGCGAGCGUCUCCGGGCCUCCUCGGGGGUCUCGGCGCAAACGCGGACUGUAGGGAGGCGGCCGAAACAGAUGGCGAGGACGUGGAUAUGGACUGA